AUGAAGGGCCCUACUGGAAGCGCCGAUAUGCAGUCACCCUAUCCCAGAUGCAUCCGGGAAGCUCGCGGUCUACACACAGCGGGGUUAUUCGUUCAAAUCGCACAGCGCGUUCGCACAGAUUCGCGUGCGGGAGAUGGAUACACCAAGAUCCUGGGCUAUCACCGACAACCCUCAUGCCAAUUAUCCGAGAUGGCUCAGCCGCAGCGAGAAAGCUCAUCUGGCUGGAGGUCAUGGAAAAUGGGCACAGCAUUGAUCGCAGAUAAUAUCACCUUCAACAUGCUCUCUCACCUAGCCAGCAGCACACAAGAUUUGAUAUAUGGACCGCCUUGGGUGAAACCAGAGGAGUGGAGAAAAUGGGACCUGCACAACAUGCCGGGAACUGGAAGACGCCACAAUUGA